AUGACCGUCACCUUCGGCGCCAUUUGCAGUCUCCUACAAAACGUCGAGACCAUCACGACACGACGACCACGGUUACUUGCCAAGCAAGAGAAAUACCCUAUACGCGAGACAAUCUCGCAGUGGUUUCUCGAGCAGAGAGAAGCCCUAGAUGAUCCCGAUACAAACGGGGGCGCCGUCUUGUCUGCUCUCUUUCCACAUCGAAGGAAAGAUCGAGUCUAUGGAAUGCAAUCGCCAUUACUUGCAAAGAAACUUGCAAGUCUACUUGCCUUCAAUCACGGUCAAUUAGCUCUAUUUGAGGGCUGGCAUACAGGGAACUACGGUGACCUUGGGGCGUAUGUCGAACGAGCAAUGAAACCUUGGGAUGGCACAUUCGCCAGCAAACGUGCAUUUCCGAUCGAACGAAUCGACCGAUUGCUCGAACAAUUAGCAGCGAGCUAUCGGUUCUCCGACGAGGUCAUCAGGAAGAAGCGUAACUCGGAUUUCCAGACCGAUGCCGAGCUGAAGGAGAUACUCGUGAGACUCGAGUCGUGGGAAGCAAAGUGGUUGGUGCGUCUCGUCCUGCGAGAUCAUUGUACCGUGGAGCUUGAUGAGAAGUUUGUUCUGGACUGCUACCACUUUCUCUUACCAGAAUUGUUGAUGUUCCAAAAUGACUUCGACGCCGUCUUCAAGAUGCUCAAAGGCGAUCUGAGCUGCUAUCCCGCAGUACCAGAGCACUCAAAGCAAAGAUCUUUGCGAGUCGACGCGGCACAGAAACUGAGAGCUAUUGUUGGAAUCAAGGUGGGGCGACCGACGUUCCACAAAGCUUGGUCUUUCAAGCACUGCAUGCAGCUUGUGGGUCAGCGCGCUUGGGCUGCCGAAGUGAAGUACGACGGCGAGUAUUGCGAGAUACACGUUGACCUGGACAAUGCACCUAAUGACAUCCGCAUUUUUUCUAAAAAUGGAAAGGACGCAACGGCGGACCGAAAGCCUUUGCAUGCUACGAUUCGCGAAGCCCUCCGUAUCGGUCGACCAGACUGCGUCUUGAAGAAGAAGUGCAUCAUCUUGGGCGAGAUGGUACUCUACAGUGACAAAGAAAAGAAAAUAAUGGGUUUCUCAAAAAUCAGGAAGCACAUCACCCGCUCUGGUUCCUUCAUCGGCACGCUUCAAGAUUCACUGCCGCACGAGUGGGAGCAUCUCAUGCUCGUGUUUUUCGACAUCCUUGUGCUGGAUGACGAAUCUACUCUACGUCACUGCCUUCAAGACCGUCGCAAGAUCUUGAGGAACCUUGUCCAUGUAAUCCCCGGUCGGUCAAUGCGAUCGGAGUGGACACUUUUGGACUUUAAGACAGGGGAUGGCAUAACAGACCUUAAACAGAUAUUUGCCCGGAACCUAGCCGAACACCAAGAAGGACUAGUUCUCAAACCAUUGCACGCGCCGUACUUCCCACUUCUGUCAGAGCAAGGGCAUCGUCAAGCAAGUUUCUUUAUCAAGUUGAAAAAAGAUUACCUCGGUGACAUGGGUGGUGAGAGAGAUCUGGGCGACUUCGCUGUGGUCGGGGCUAGCUUUGAUGCGCAAGUCGCGGCAAAGAGUGACUUGAGGCCUUUACAUUGGACGCAUUUCCAUUUGGGGUGUUGUACGAACAAAGAUGCGGUACAGCGCACGGGUGCAAAGCCAAAGUUCAAGAUCGUUGCGAGCCUCAGCCUCGAAAAGUGCAUACCAAAGAGCGAUGCGAAAUACAUGAACGUUCAAGGUUACAUCCGCCUGUCUACCCUACGAGACAAUGGGUCGACGCUUGAGUUCGAAAUCCAGCAUCCCAAAGGCUAUGACAGGCGGAUGACCGCAGCAUUCAAGAAGCCUUUCGUAGCAGAGAUUCUUGGCGGCAGCUUUGAGAAGCUCCAAAACGAAUCCUUCGAAAUGUUGCGACACCCCAGAGUCAAGAAGAUACAUCAUGACAGAACUUGGGAAGAUGCUGUAUCUUUGGAAGAUUUGGAACGUAUGGCUGAGGAGAAGUGGGAGGUGCCUGAUGCUGACAAGCUCGAUGGGCAUGCUCGUGACGUUGCUUUGCUGGUCAAGAAGUACACCAAAGAGAUGGGCGGGUCCCAAGCGACUGUAACGACCGACGAUACUACGCAGCAGACGACUCAGCGAACUACACCUCGCUCGUCGCCGGUGACGCCCCACCCGACGACCACACAGGCCAUUUGCGAAGCGACGCCCUCUAGCGCCACAGUUCAGGAAACGCAGCAGCAUACUUGCACCACAGUUUCAAGUUCUCCUGGUUCUGCAGGUGGUAGCACACAAGGUAAAGGAACAUGGGCAUCUCGCGAAAUGCGUAUUCUUGUGAGAGAGGACACAAUAGAGCGCCUGAAUACCUUACGUCCUCCUACACCAAUGUCGACGGCAUCUGGGGCAGCCAGCUCGUCACCACUCAUAUCUAGUGCGGUGUCUAGCCUUGCAACGGCAAGCAAGAGGCGCAGCUUCAUGGACAUGAUCAGCCCACCAAAUGCGAAGCGGAGAAAAGCACUGGUUCCCCUACAUUGUUCUGCGAACAACCGCCAUGUAGGCCAGUUCGAUCAUGACUCGCAAGAGGGGAUCGUGCACAUUUACGCCAAAGAAGGAGUCAAGGUACAGAUACAUUCCGCAUCCCGAGACAAGGAGAAGGGUAGCUAG